CCUUCCCUCCCUCCCUGCCACGCUCUUGCUCGCUUCGCAUCGCGUACUUGAGGGCGUGUAGCCUAGUGAAGCUGCAACUGCAGCUGCAGCGUGCCAUUUACCUUCACCUCCACUCGCUCUCCUCUCCUCCGCCCACCUCGCCCUGAUUCCUCCUUCACUCACCUCCCCAAUUCCGCGGUUCACUCAUUCUUCUUCCGCCGCGCGCCGCCGCCUCCGCGUGGCGUGAUGGGCAUCGCGACGUUGGACCUGCGGCCAGGGGCAGGCCUCGGGCCCUUCUCGCUCGGCAUGGCGCUGUGCGACGCGUUGGCGGAGGUGGAGACGCAGCUGGGCGUCUUCGACAGCAUCGUCGUCAACUACUGCCAGCAGGAGCCGCUGGCGCGCGACAUUGUCAUCGCCUUCCCCCACCUCGGCUUCCGCCUCUGCUUCGACCCGCACGUGCAGCGCCUGCACCGCAUAGACGUGGCGGACAUCUCUCGCCUGCACCUCAGAUUCGGGGCCUCGCUGCUCGGCGGGCCCAUGCAGGCGCCCACAUUCGCCCACGUCUACUCCGUGCUGGGCCCCACCUUUCCAGGCGCCUACAACACCGAAGCCUCCUGCUACACGCUUGCCUACCCGGGCAUGGCGCUGCUCUUCCCCAUCCCCGCCCACCACCACCACUGCUUCCAGCAGCCCUCGCAGGACCUCCCCAUGCAGCUGCCAGACGGCUCGGCGCCGCGCCUCUCACGGGUGGUGCUGCACCUACCGGGGGAGCCGCCUCUGCCCGCGCACGACAGAGCAUGUGCUGCUGGGGUGGCGAGAGACGGCGACGGGGUGAUGGCAGACGCGGCGGCACAAGGGCAGAGAGAAGGGGGGGACGGAGGGCGGGGGGUGGGGGCUCUGGAGUGCGGGGAGGGGGAUGGCUUGGGGCGGGCGGCAGAGCGGUUUGCAGCGCUGCCGCUGGUGAUGGCGAAUGGGGCGGUGUACAUGGAGCCGCUGAUGGUGCAGCCAGGCGAGGCCAUCCUUUUCUCACACGGCGGCCAGCGCAUCGCCUUUGGUGACUCCGCGCAGGACGUGUGGUCAGAGCUGGGGCGGCCGUGCUUCAUGGGCGCCAAGCACCACGCCGCCAAGGCCAUCCACACCGCCCUCGCUCCCCCUGCCCUCUCCUCCUCGCCCGCGUCCCCCCUCAUCCAUCCCUCCUCCCCCUCACUUGCCUCCUCCGCGCCUCUGUCCUCCUCGCCCCCUGACUAUGUCUGGAGCUACUACACUCGCGGACUCGACAUCAUUUUCAGCGGGCAGGGCUACGAGGUGAGCAAGUUCGUGCUGCACACCAACCUGCCCGGCCAGCCCGACUUCAACGACUAUGUCAAGUGCAACUUCCGCAUCCCCGCGCCACGCGCACCCGCUGCUGCACCUGCACUGCCGGACCCGUCCCUCUUAGUCACUCCUGACUCCAAGUGGGGCCAUGUUCAGACGCUUUUUGGGGGCGGUGGGCGGGUGGCCAUACAGACUGCGGGAGCCCUGCACAGGGCCUUUGGCCCCACCUUUGUGUACGGUUUCCGCCACGUUGCGUUUGAGGUGUUGAAAAAUGGUCACAUUUGUACAGUCACGCUCUUCAAAGCGCCUUGAUGUAAAUACCGAGAAGAAUGCCAUGUAAAUACCGAGAAGAAUUAACGACAUUAGUAGGUGAUCCUAGACGUCUUGUAAAUUUGUGUAAAUAUAUAGUGCAGUAAGAUAUUCCUUUUAGGUGAAUGAAAUGGUUCUCGACUCGGUCUGUAUGUAUCGAUAGGGUUUG